AUGUGUCGUGCUGCUGGAGCUCAUGCUCCCCAUUUCCCCACCCCUCCUGCUCCCCGCCCCCACAAUGCAGUGGGCACGGUGGGCUAUGCGGCCCCUAAGUACGUGCUGACGGGGCAUCUGACGGUGAAGAGUGAUGUGUACUGCUUCGGAGUCAUGCUGCUAGAGCUCAUGGCUGGCCGACUAGCACUCGACAAAUCAAGGUGGGUCAUAUCAGGUCAAUGGGAGUAG